AUGUUUUAAGUACUAAUCAUAUAGAAAUAAAGUAGUCUUUAAUGUUAGAAGAUCAAGAGAUAAAAAUUAAGAAUGAAAAUAAUUAAAAGUUAAUUGAUAGAUAGAGUUGCAUAAUAUAAUUAUUAUUUAUGUAAUAAUUUUAAUAUUAUACAAAUUGGAUUAUAUGUCUAGUUCUUGAUAGUUGUUAAAUUUAUUAUCCAAAAGGAGAUAUCAUCAUGACCAGAGAAAUUAAUAUGGAUUCUCAGUAAAAUUAGUAAUAAGUUAUAUGAUUUGGAUUACAGUAGUCAUAAUCAUGAGAAUGUAGCAAAUUGA